AAGACAGGAAACGUAAAAUCCCACACUUCCUCCACCGAAUAAAUUCCCCAAACCCUAGUCUUUCUCUUUCGUCUCUCAGCCGCUCAAGUCGUACCAGAGAGAGCACCAGAUCCAGGAGAAGCAGAAUGACGACCCGCUUCAAGAAGAACCGCAAGAAGCGUGGCCACGUGAGCGCCGGUCAUGGCCGUAUCGGUAAGCACCGCAAGCACCCCGGUGGUCGUGGUAACGCCGGAGGCAUGCACCACCAUCGUAUCCUCUUGGACAAGUACCAUCCCGGGUAUUUCGGAAAGGUCGGUAUGCGAUACUUCCACAAGCUUCGGAACAAGUUCUACUGCCCCAUCGUCAACAUUGACAAGCUGUGGUCGCUAGUCCCAAAUGAAGUCAAGGGAAAGGCCACCAAGGAUUCUGUCCCGAUGAUCGAUGUGACCCAGUUUGGAUACUUUAAGGUUCUCGGAAAGGGGGUCUUGCCGGAGAACCAGCCGAUCGUGGUGAAAGCUAAGUUGGUGUCAAAGAUUGCUGAGAAGAAGAUUAAGGAGGCCGGUGGUGCUGUUGUGCUCACUGCUUAGGUUAGGGUCGAUUUCAGUUUUUGAUCUUGUUGAAGUUAUUGAAAAACUUUCAUUUUCAUUAUUGGGAGUUUAUUAAACUGAGAUAUUCAAUGGCUGCUCUUAGUUUUUGCUUUACAAAAUGCAUAUUUAUGCUUAAUUUGAGAUAUUUUCUUGAUGUUAUCGGCCUUUUUAUGUUGUAGUUUAAUUUUGAAGUUGAAUGAAGUAUGCAAUGUAGG